AUGUUUCGAAGGGAAUGUCUACGCCUGAUCAAUGAUAUCCAUGCACGAGGAAAACUAGCCGUCUUGGUUGGCGGCACCCAUUAUUACACACAAUCAGUGUUGUUUCAAGAUCAACUAGUGUCGAAAGAGUUGGAAUCAUCAGACGAAGAGUCUGAUUCAUGUCCGGCAGGAGAUGUUGACUCAGCGGUCAAGUGGCCUAUCCUCAAUGCAGAGCCGGAGUUGGUAUUACAGAAGUUACGUGAGGUGGACCCAAUAAUGGCAGAUCAUUGGCAUCCGAAAGACACGCGCAAGAUUCGUCGCUCAUUAGAAAUAUUUUUUCAGACGGGGAAACCGGCGUCACAGGUGUAUGCUGAGCAGCGGCAGUCGAAACAAGCCAACGCAAACAAUGAUAAUGGAUCAGAUUGGGGGCAACUGCGCUUUGACACUGCGAUAUUCUGGGUGCAUUCUGAAAAGGCUAUUUUGGAAGAGAGGUUGUUCAAGCGUGUGGAUGUUAUGGUUGAACAAGGAUUGUUGUCCGAAGCAAGCCGCAUGUCAGACUAUCUUCAAGAGCAAAAGGCCCAAGGUAUAACUGUCGAUCAGACCCGAGGUGUAUGGAUCUCGAUUGGGUUCAAAGAGUUAGCGCCUUAUUUCAACGCGCUUAGAGAAGACUCUAGGACCGAGAAAGAGCUAGAAACACUCAAGCAGUCAUGCAUCGGGUCAGUCAAAAUUGCAACUCGUCAGUAUGCCAUGUCCCAGCUUAAGUGGAUUCGCAACAAGCUUUGGACUGGGCUUGCAAAAGGGGCUAUGACCGGUCGCUUGUAUAUUCUGGAUAGUACGAAAGUCGAAGACUGGACGAAGAACGUCACAGAGCCAUCCGAGCGCAUUGUUGAAGCCCACAUUGGAAAAAAACCGUUACCGGAUCCUAAAUCUAUCUCUGAGCUUGCGAAGACAACCUUUGAAGCUCUGGAGGCCAAAUCGUUAUCUACCGACCCCAGCCCAUCACAAUGUAUUACCUGUGAUAUCUGUCGGAAGACAUUGACAAACAAGGAGCAGUGGCAAAUACACAUUAAUGGAAGUGUCCAUAAAAGAGUUUUGAAGAGUCUUGCAAAGAAGCGAGAGCGGGAUGCAUAUCUACGAAAGCGGCAAGAGAAUUUAGGGAACACCCUAGAGUAG